UUCCGAAACACCAACACAGGUCUAUUUGCAAAACAAAACAAAACAAAGCAGGUCUCCUGUGGUAACCGUGACUGUAAAUGAAAAGGCCGGGUGAGAACUGUUGGUGCCGGAUCGAGCUGGAAAUGAAAGAUCCAGCAACGAGAAGAUGAGGAAGGAAUAGCUGUGGAAUGAUUGCUGGGCCGGGAAACAAGUGAGGCUGCCCGCUGGACAUAGUCUUGGCUGAAGACCUGUGUUACAUUGCUCUCAUCGCUUUUCCAGUCUUCAAAGGUUACAGCACAACAUUCAAGAUUGUCACUAGAUGCCCAGUUCCUUGGAAAAUGUAAAUGGCUGCAACAGGGAUGACUCAGGAUUUCCACUUGUCAAACCUGAUUUGAUCUCCUGGCUUGAGCAACAUCGUUGGUCUCCAGAUCGGCUAGUGUUGGAGGAAAUGGAGGUUCCAUCAGAACAUAGCAUUGGGUUUCCAGAUGUGAUAAUAAAGCUGGAACAAGACGAUGAGCCAUGGGACGUGCAAUAUCGGGAAUCUGAUACCUUCCCAGAGUUUCCUGCUGUGAUAAUAAAGGUGGAACCAGGGGUCCCAGAUCUCAAAGCACCUGUGGCAAGUGCGACUGCUUUGGAUUUCCACUCAGGCAGCAGGUAUGAGGAAAAAGAAGAAGAAGAAGAGAGUCUUCUACCAGAAGGCCCUAAUCUAGUGGCAGUGAAUAAAAUAUCCUCAAGAACUACCGAAGGGAGUAUCUCCCAGUAUCCAUAUAUUUCUGAGACCCAAGACAGAGCAGAGAUGCACCAAAGAGAUCCCCCAGGGGAGAGAUCAGGAAAGACUUUACCUUGUUGGAUAGGUAACAUAAGUGAAACCAAAAUCGAAAAGAAAAUUCAUACGUAUGGGAGAACUCAUCAAAAAGCAGAGAAACAUUAUAAACAGUUAGACUGUGAGAAGAGAUUGAAUGGGAGAUACAGCCUGAAUUCCCACAGUAAAGGCCACAAAGGAGAAAAAUCACAUACUUGUUCAGUCUGUGGUAAAAGUUUCAAGUGGCAAAGUAACUUGACUAUCCACGAAAGAAUCCACACAGGAGAGAGGCCAUAUACAUGCUCAAUCUGUGGCAAAAGCUUCAGUAAAAGAUCAUACCAUGCUAUGCACGAGAGAAUGCACACACAAGAAAAAACAUAUACUUGUUCAGUGUGUAAUAAAAGUUUUGUUCAUAAAGUCAGCCUUGUGAGACACGAACAGGUUCACACAGGAGAGACACCAUAUAAAUGCUCAACCUGUGGGAAGGGUUUUAGUCAGAAAUGUAAUCUUCUUUCACAUGAAAGAAUCCACACAGAAGAAAGGCCUUAUCCAUGCUCAUUCUGUGGCAAAAGUUUUAAACGAAGAUCAAACCUCAACAGUCAUAAAAUAAGCCAUAUGGGAAUAAAAACAAAUAUGUGCACGAUCUGCGGCAAAAGCUUCAGUCAUAGAUCAAACCUUAUUAGCCAUGAAAGAACCCAUACAGGAGAAAAACCAUACUCAUGCACAAUCUGUGAUAAAAGUUUCACUGACAGAACACAUCUUAUUAAACAUGAGAGAACUCAUACAGGUGAGAAACCUUAUAUGUGUGCAGUCUGCGGGAAUAGCUUUAGCCACAGAUCAAAUCUUAUUAGCCAUGAAAGAACCCACACUGGAGAAAAACCAUACCCAUGCUCAGUUUGUGGUAAAAGCUUCACAGAUAGAGCUUAUCUUCUUAAACACCAGAGAACUCAUACAGGAGAGAAACCAUUCAAAUGUUCUCUCUGUGGAAAGAGCUUUAGUCGUAAGGAUUACCUUAUCAGACACAAGAUAAUUCAUACAGGAGAGAAACCAUACAUGUGCUCAGUCUGUGGAAAGAGUUUCAUGUGGAAAAGUUAUUUGUCUAUCCAUGAAAGAAUCCAUAGAGGAGAGAAACCAUAUACAUGCUCUUUCUGUGGAAAAAGCUUCCGUGAAAAAUCAUACUACAUUGUACAUGAGCAAAUGCACACAGCAGAAAAAAAACAUACUUGUUCAGUCUGUAGUAAAAGCUUUGUUCAUAAAGUAAGCCUUAUUAGACAUCAACAAGUCCAUUCAGGUGAGACACCAUAUAAAUGCUUAGUCUGUGGGAAAGGCUUCAGUCAAAAAUGUAGCCUUAUUUCACACACAAAAAUUCACACAGAAGAAAGACCUUACACAUGCUCAUCCUGUGGUAAAAGCUUCAAAAGAAGAUCAAACCUCACCACUCAUGAAAGAAUCCAUAUAGGAGAAACUCCCUAUAUGUGCUCAGUCUGUGGUAAAAGCUUCAGUUGUAAAGCACACCUUCUUGGACAUGAGAGAACACAUACAGGGGAGAAACCAUAUUCAUGCUCAGUUUGUGGAAAAACCUUUAGUAAUAAGUCACAGGUAGUUAUACAUGAGAGAAUUCAUACAGGAGAAAAACCAUAUACUUGUUCAAUCUGUGGGAAAAAGUUCAAGCACAGAACAAGCUAUACCGAGCAUCAGAAAAUCCACACAGAAGAAAAACCAUACAUAUGCUCAGUGUGUGGUAGAAACUUCAGUCGUAAGGAGCACCUGAUUAUCCACGAGCGAAUCCACACAGGAGAGAAGCCAUAUUCAUGCUCAGCCUGUGGGAAAAGCUUCAAGCAGAAAUCAAGCCUUACUUCACAUGAGAGAAGCCACUUGGCUGAAAAGCCACACCCAUGUUCCAUCUGUGGUAAAAGUUUCAGGAAUAAACCAUACCUGAAGAGACAUGAGAAAAUCCACACAAGAUAAAGAACCCAUGAGGAUGAAAAUCCAUGUAUGUGCUCUAUCAGAGGUAAAAACUUUAGUGGGUAAAAACAAUUAAAAUCCAUGCAGGAGAUCAACCAUAUGAAUAAUGAGUGUGAAAAGCUUAUGAAGGAGCUUCUCUUGCUGAUCAGACCUUAUUUAAAUAUCAGAAACGUGAGUGAGAGAGAGCGGGGGCAAUGGGGGAAUCGCAGGAUAAAGAAAAAGUGAAGGCAUAAUUUUUAGUGACCCAGAAAUCCAUGCUAGAGGCAGAAAUAACACAUCUGAUAUUUAAUAAUAUAUUGGUUGGACUCCCCCGCCCCGCCCAGUAAUCGACAGUGUUGUUGCGCAUACAUCGAUUUCAAACUUUUCUAGGACUUUUAUUGCCUAGCUCCAUUUCAUAGUCUAAAGACUAACUGACAUUCCCAUCGGCAACCAAUUUAUUUAUUGUUUUUUAAACACAUUAAUCAGUAGUGAAUUCCAGAGUGUUUGUUUUUUAAUCUUAAUGCAUCCCUGUGUGAGGUGCAUGAAAGAACAUUUGCUUUCGCUGCCAUUGUGUCACAUAUAAUGCAUUAAAUAAAGCAUUUUAGAAACUUAAUUCUGUUACUCGGGUGAUCUGGACCCUACAUGGUAAGGCAGUAAUGUUUUAGAAUCUAUGAUAGUGAAAGUGUGGGUCUAGCUCAGUGAUUCCCAAACUUUCUCCCCCACGGACCACUUGAAAAUUGCCAAUGGUCUUGGUGGAGCACUUAAUGAUUUUUCUGCCUGCUCUAGCAAGUGUAAUGCACUGUGCUAGAUGCUGUGUGAUUUUUAAUAGAAUUUUAAUUGCUUUUAAUUCUUAUAUUGUAUUUUAUUGUAUUACAAUAUGCAUUCUGGGUAAGAAAUAAAAGAAGCUAUAAGAAUUCAGCUAAAAAUAAAUAUGAAUAAUUAAUGCAGACGUGCCAUGGACCACCUGAGUGAAGCUGGCAGACAACUGAUGGUCCACAGACCACAAUUUGGGAACCCCUGGCCUGGGUCAUAUUUUGCCCCCGCAGCCUGCCAUUCAUAGCAGUCUGGCUGCCCCCUCCAAACAGAGUGACAUGCACUAACCUCAGGCAGCCCCCACUCCCCUGCCUUCUUACUUAGGCUGAGUACGCAAGCAGUUUUUGAAACAUAGAGGGGAUGUUUUUUCAGAGUGCGAUUUGUAACGUUGCAUUUGUACACACCUUCAUGUGAUAACGUCAUGUGAAACGGCAGCUACUGUCCAUGUUGUCUGUACACAUGGGUGGGUGUGUUUCCCCUCAAUUAGUGUUUCCACAUAGCAUUUUUAAAUUUAUUUUUUGCAGUCUGCUGAAAAAGAGGGGCUGGAAACUGAUGUAUUGAUAUACAGGGGUAUGUAUUGGUAUACACAGGGCCGGAGCCAAAGGGUGGCCAGGUUGGGCCCUUGACAAGGGUCACAGAGGCCCCUGAGGGGCCCCUCCAUAGUGUGGAAGAGUAGCUCUCCCCUUCUGUGAUCCACAGCAGGGUAGCUGCCGUGGAUUGCAGAGAGGAAGUUUGCAAGCCCGUUCGCUCGAUCCAACUACCUGUCUCUUCCAGUUGCAUGCACUGUGCGUGCAGGGCUGCCAUUAACCAAGAUGGCGGCCAAGGUUUCCCUAAGGAGGUUCGUUCUGUACAAUAUAGGAAACAGAGCUUU